AUGGCAUCCUCCAGCACCUCCCACCGGCCAAUCAAGGGAAUCCUGAAAAACAAAGGCUCCACUGCUUCUGCGGUGGAUGCUUCUACUCAGGAACCCGGAGGGGCCUGCCAGGAUGUCCAGAGGAAGAAGUCCCAGAAGUGGGAUGAAUCCAACAUCUUGGCAACCACGUACAAGGACUAUGAUUUCCUGAAGAUAAACGAACCGAGCACUACCUGUGUCACCGUGCGAGAUGAGGGGGAAGAUCCAAUGCGUGAUGUCAAAGCAAAGGAAAGCAUGUCCGUGGACAUGUUAGCCAAGAAACUUGCAGCCACUCACACUUCCGAUCACUACUAUCAAGUGGAGGAGCAAGGCAGCUGCGAGGCGCACACCAGCAAGUUCUCAUUCCAGAAACAAGAAAAACAGCGGCAAUUCGAGAUGAAGAGGAAGCUGCACUACGACGAGGGACUGAACAUCAAAUUGGCAAGACAACUGAUCUCAAAAGACCUACAGGAUGAAGAUGUCUGUGACAACGAAGAAAGCCUCUGCCAGACCGCUGAAGAAAAGACUACUACAGAAGAAGCGGCAGAGGCUUCCACCGGUGACGAACUGCCAAUGCCAUAUUGCCACGAGUAG